AUGCGAGUGACCCAUGCAUUCCGGUUGCCCCCAACCCCAUCGUCUCUGCAAUGGCUCGCACCACUGAAAUCGGCCCAGCUACAGCAUGUGGCCCGCGCGACAGGAAUCCAGUCAUCAGGCACUAAGGCCGCUCUGCUAGAAAGGAUCCAGGCCGGGUUAGCGAACAGAGCGCCGCCGCGAAACCCCGGGCCCGAUACGCACCGGAGCCGAGAUGACUGGAGUAUCCUGAGCAUUGAUAUGGGGAUCCAGAACUUGGCGUUUGCGCACCUCCGGGUGCCCAAUCCCCGUGCGUCACACCAUGGGGAUGGUUUUCGGGAUAGCGCGCUACCAGAGCUCACAGCGUGGCGACGACUUGCCGUCUCGGAGAUCUCAAGUUUAGAUCUGGUCACGGAGACGGAUCCCGCGUCGGCCAUUCCUUUGUUUGCAGCUUUGUCUCAUGCCCCGGAGCGAAAGUCCGCGGAUGCUUUCUCGCCGGAUAUCUACGCUGUAAAUGCGUACACGCUUAUCACGACGCUGCUCGCAAAUUAUAAGCCCACGCAUGUGCUGAUCGAGCGCCAGCGCUUUCGCUCGAGUGGCGGCAGCGCGGUGCAGGAGUGGACGCUGCGGGUCGGCGUCUUCGAGGGGAUGCUCUAUGCAAUUCUUCACGCUCUGCGCCAAGAGCGUGGCGGGGACCUCACCGGCGUACAGGUCCAUGGGAUUGAGCCGAAGCGCGUGGCGAGGUAUUGGACUGAGAUUGAUGGGGUAGGGGUUUCAGAUCCUGAUCAAAGUGAGAAAAGGAAGGUCUCGGCACGGGAAGUCAAGAAGGCUAAGAUUGAUCUGGUUGGGAGGUGGCUCACCAGCUCGCUGCACUUGAAAGAGAAUAAUGAGUCUGUGUCAAGUCCCGAGACGGACUUCGAGACGAUGCCAGUUAUGAACAGCGACAGGGUAGGGCAGAGGAAGUUAUCGCUCGGGCCAGGGAGUUCUGUGGAACUCCUCGCCAAUGCAUAUGUGCAGAAAUGGCAGAAACAGAAUGGGAAGAAGAAACGGUCAUCCGCUGCGGCGAAAGCCUCUGAUAUCGGAAAGUUGGAUGACCUCGCGGACUGCUUGUUACAAGGGGUGACUUGGGUUGAGUGGCAAGUGAUGCGGGAGAAGCUUGCUCGGGAGGGAUAUGAGGCAUUAGAUCGACUUGCUUAA